AUGGACGAGAUCAUGAACAAGGUGGGCGCUUACUGGCUGGGGCAGAGGGCCAACAAGGAGAUCUCCUCGGCCGGCAACGACCUCGAAUCGCUGUCGACCAGCGUCGGGGACGGGGCGAAAUGGCUGGUGAACAAGCUGAAAGGCAAGAUGCAGAAGCCGCUGGCGGAGCUGCUCAAGGAGCACGGCCUCCCCGUGGGCCUGUUCCCGCGCGAGGCGACCAACUACGACUUCGCGCCUGAGACGCGGCGCCUGACGGUGUACAUCCCGUCCCCCUGCGAGGUCGGGUACCGCGACGGCUCCGAGCUGCGGUUCGACGCCACGGUGUCGGGCACGCUGGGCGACGGCCGCCUCACGGAGGUGGAGGGGGUCAAGACCAAGGUGCUCGUCUGGGCCAGGGUCACCGCCGUCAAGGCCGACGCCGCCAAGGUCCACUUCACCGCGGGAAUCAAGAGGUCGCGCAGCCGGGACGCCUACGAGGUCGUCAGGGGCGGCAUCACCGUCGACGAGUUCUAA